AUGCAGUUGGGCCCAGGAUUUUUUAUUGCCGGCGGGCUUUGCUCCAGUCUGUCGCAUGUGAUAGCAACGCCCAUUGACGUGGUGAAAACGUCACAGCAAGCGGAAGAAGAACGGAACGGCCGAAGUCCAGGGAUGUUGGCCAUGGCCUGUCAACUGGUCCAGAGCCAUGGACCCCGGCGACUGCUGAGUGGCGCUGGGGCCACCUUUACGGGAUACUUCUUACAUGGAGCCUUUAAGUAUGGUUUGUUUGAAAUGUGGAAGGCGGUUUUUCAAGUUAGCAAGGUGUCACUGGCGAUGCACAUCCCAAUGCUCUGUCUCUGCGCUUUCCUGGCGGAACUGCUGGCCACCGUGGUGCUAUGCCCCGCCGAGGCAGCAAGGAUCAUGCUUGUAGCAGAUCCUACAUUUGUAGAGCCUGCACGUUUGGCUUGGGAGCGUUUCUGUCGGAGAGAGAAGCGUGGCAUGCUUCAUGGCAUUCAUAGGAUCCUUACAAUGUUUGGGCUGAACACAUGGCUCGCACUGCAACAGCUGAGAAGUGAGUCAGGAGUUUGGAACGGUUGGUUUGGCGCUCUGAUACCACUCUUGGUGAAACAGUGCAGCUACACUGUGGCCAAAUUGGUCACCUACGACGUCCUCAGCACAUCCUUGGCCUCGCUCUGGGGCCUCCCCAGCACGGCCAAAGUCUGUGCGGCCUUCAGUGCGGCCACGGCCGCCACCUUAGCGUCGCAGCCGGCGGACACGGUCUUCACCUGCAUCUCAGUGGCGGGGGGGAGCGGGGUAUGCCCCUUGCCCAUGGAUGAUGAGGACCUGUGGGAGGAUAAACCCAUCAGCGUCUGGAAGCAGAUGCGCGAUGCAGCUCGACGCCUGGGCCUAUUGGGACUCUUCAGCGGUUGGCAAACGCGAAUCUUCCAAAUGACGUUGAUCGUUGUGGUGCAGCUGCUUCUCUAUGACACGAUCCGCCCUCGCUUCUGA